AUGGCCCACCUCCCAAGGCCUGAUUUAGAUAUGGACAAUCCGUCCUCGGAUGUGGGCGACAGUCAGGAUUCGCCGCUGCGCCGACAGUUCUCCGAGCCUUUCCGGCCACAAUCAACCUCCACCCAAAUUUCCCAGUCACCCGAACCAUUUGCGCAGAAAUUAAAAUGCGACUGGUGUGGAAAACUUCUGGAGCUUCCACGGGAUAAGUCCAUCUCUGAAGAAGAGAUACUUAAUAUUCACGUGACCGAAGAACAUCCUUCACAUGAUCAAUACGGCUAUGAGGACGCCGAAAUCGAUGAAGAUGAGGUCGAUGAAGACGCUGAAGAUAUCGAAGAAGGUGAUGAUGUUGACGUCGAAGAUGCUGAAGCUGAGGCCGAGGUUGACGGCGAAGAACACGAACAACUCGACCUUAACGGCGAGGAAGUCGUGAAUGGUAUGACCCAGCCUGAAGACGGGCACGGCGAAGAAGAGCUUGUGACAGCUGCUCCAUCCAUGAACGGCGAGCACAGCGACGGGGAGCAAGAACUCGGCAAAAUUUCUUUCAUUCCCAUCAAAACCGCCCAGGAUACUUUUGGCAAACGUGACCUUAUUGAGUGGCUCUCAAAUCCCCGAAGUACCUUUGCAGAGGAUUACAAACGACGCGUGGCUGAGUGGCAAGGCCCGCAGAUGAACAAUCGUCUUUCCAAAAUUUGGACAGUCAACGAUGUCAACCACUUUUGUCCCACUUACGAACAGGACCUGGCCAAGGUAGACCACACCUGGCAACAUGUCUUCCACGAUGCAAAGCCGAAGAAGCGCGAUGCAUCCGAGUCCCUGGUCCGACCUGAUCCUUACAAAAAGACCAAGACCGAAAACGGUCAAUUCCUUGAUCUAAACUCAUUGGAUGAGUUGUUGGAAGUCCUCCGCAAGCCUGAGAAUCUUUCACCUGAAGAAUUGUACGCUGCCACCGAGGCUGUAGCGUUCGCGAUGAAAGUCUGGCAAGAUGAGUAUCUCGCUCUCGACCAGCUCUACCUCCAGGCUCAUCGCCAUCAUCGGAGCGCACUUCCGGCGGACGCUAAGCGAGACUUCAACAUGGGUAACAAGAAAAAGACAAGUCACCCACUCGCUCGGGUACCAGAGGAUCCUCGUGACCACGAGGACAGGAAGGAGGCACAACUGUAUGGCUACAAGCAUGUUUUCCACAACCAGAAUGUCAGUAAUGCUGUCGUCUGGAACCCGCAAAAUCCGUUUACUCAAGGUGGUUUUGUUCCAACCACAGCACAAGGGAGGAAGAUGGCUACCAAGGUCGCACCCGAUGACCGAAACCCCGACGGCUGGACUCCUGUCAUUAGGGAUGGCACCGAGUUUGUACCUAAGCUGUACGAGACUCGAAAGGAGCCUCUGCCACCAAAGCAUACUCGCAAGCGCAAGGCUGUGGAAGUUGAUACGUCAAAGACCGACACUGAAACCCAAAACGAGUCGGCGGAAGAAACCGAGGAGGAGGAGAUACAUCCCGCGAAGCGACGUACCAGAGGCCGUGGUGGUCGACGUGCUACCUUUGAGGCAUACCAGCCAGUCGAACUCCCUGUUAGCACUCCUCGCGGCCGCGGACGAGGCCGUGGUCGUGGCCGUGGCAGAGGCGUUGGCCGUCCUCCUUCGACUCGGGCUUCGUUGGAUUCAAACCAAGCUGUGAUCUACACUCCUACCUCUGGUCGAGGCCGCGGCCGACGCGGUGCAAGCACUGUCGUUGCCGCUACUCCCAUAGUCUCCCGCUCGACCGAGGAGACUGCAUCAUUACCUGCUGAUUCUCCCGCUCCUGAACCAAAUUCCUCGUCCAAGCUCACGCCUUCUCUGAGACGGGAUGCCACCCAAGAGGAGAUUGAAGAAGCUCGCCGCCUGAAAAUUAUGAACUCCAAGAACCCCAAGCGAACCAAGGCCAUGCUCGACCAUUGGGAGCGCUUCAACCGCGAAGGACGCAUCCGAAACCCCAAGCGAUCCAAGGCACAGAUUGAGCAGGAUCGUGUGCAUGAUGACGUCCAAAAAGUCAAGGAAGUCUCCCGGCCUCCUGGUCGUCGCCGCCGCUCUCCUUCCCUGGCUCCUAUCCCCACUGGAAAUCUCGCGCCCAAGGCCCCCAAUAAUAUGCCUCCCAUGGCCCCUAUGGCCGGUCAACCUCCCCAUAUGGGCCCUGGUCCUACUCUGCCGCCUAUUGGCAUGGCACACUACGCCUCUAAUCCCUACAACGCCCCCCUCCACCUCCCCAUGCCCACCUUGGCCAGCCCAUGCCGCCUACUGCUCAAUAUGCUCCAUUCCCCUAUGUAA